AAAAAGGGUGGGACGGAUUUUAAGGUCUUAUAGCCCCACCUCAGAGCUCCCCUUAAGGUCUAUUUAAAGGAGAAAACAGCUUCAGUUGAACUGCUGGUUUUCCGAAAGCCAAGAUUUUAAACAACAUUGAAGAGCAUUUUCCCGAAUCCAUCACCAAAGUGGUCAUUUCUGGUGAAGAAAACAACCCACAAGAGGAAAUCCACCCAAACACGUGAAGAUCUUCAUCCACAGAUAGUAAAGGACCAAAUAAAAACAAAAUGUCCUACCUGGCACCUACAUUGCUAAUUGGUGGACAAGGUGGCAGUCCGUUUAAUUUCACAGGUGAAGACAAUGGAGCCACACUGAGGAAGAUAUGGGUGUGGACUGGAGGGUGGCAAGUGAAGGCUGUGCGAGUGUGGCUGACCGACGGUCGAGUUCAGCAAUUUGGAAACGAAGCGGGACAGUUUUCAGAGUUUGAAUUCAAAGACGGAGAGCAGAUUUCGUCACUUACUCUGUGGGGAAAUGGAGCUGGAACCCGUCUUGGGGCCAUCAAGUUCAACACGACUCGCUCUAGAGAAUUCUUCCCAAAAAUGACCGAUUGGGGACUGAAAACACCUUAUCAAAUUGAUGUUGGAUCUGGAAUUUGUGUGGGUGUUUUUGGGAGAGCAGGUUCAGACAUAGAUAGCAUGGGAUUUAAGUUAAUAAACACCAUCAAAUCAACUAAGCUAACUAAUGUCUACUACCCCACCCUUCACCAGGUCAUUCCCCAGAUCGCUACAGAAGAAAUCAAGUCUCUCACUUACAAAAACGACACUAAUGUUACUCAGUCGUACACAGUUGAAACAUCCAAAACCAUAACAAAGAAAUCCUCCUGGUCUGUGACAAACAAAAUAGAAUCAACUUUUAGUGUAAGUGUUCAGGCAGGAAUCCCAGAGGUUGCUGAGGUUUCUACGGGUUUCAGCUUCACAAUGGGAGUAGAAAGUUCUUAUAGCUUAGAGAACACAGAGGAGAGAAGUGAGAAACUGUCAUUUCCAGUUCAAGUUCCUCCUAAGAAAAGUGUAGAGGUUGACAUCACCAUUGGUAGAGCUACAGUGAAUCUUCCCUACAAAGCAACAGUGGAGAUCACUUGUUACAAUAAUCAUGUUCUCAGGUUCAAUACCAGUGGAGAGUACAAAGGGGUCACUUACACUGAUGCAAAAACAGUU